AUGAAUAAAUAAUGCAUCAGAGAAAUAUUUGAUGACAUCUCUUUCAGUGUUAUUAGUUUCCUUGAAAAUCAUAUUGGAGUCACAGAUGUUGAGUUUAUUGAGAGAUAAGGAGUUGCUGAAAUGUCUAUUUAGAAAUGGGAAGAAGAAAAUUCACCUUACCUUUUGCCUGACGACUACAAAGCUUUUUUGCAAAUAUCAGAUGGUCUCAGUCUUAACUGGAAGAUUAAGAAAAACGAUCAAAUAUUCCCACUGGGAUCAAUGCAUCUAAACAAAUUAAGAGACAUAAAGAGAUUGAAAAUGGAUAGGUUUAAAUUUUCAAGCGUUGGAGAGGAGGAGGAAACAUCCGAUGAAGAACCAUCAGAGGAAUAAAAAGACAUUGCUGCAUUUGACAUUGAUUCUAAAGUUAAAGAUGGUAGACUUGCUUUGAUUUAUAGAGGUAAUACAAACAAGCCACAGAUUUGGUUUUAGGAUCUAAGUUGUUCAUGGUUUUUCAUCGCAUAUAAGUUUACCGAUUACUUCAGACUAAUGAUCAUGCAUUUGGGUCUACCUCAUUGGCAAUAUGCUUUUACCUAAGUUGGUUUGGAUCCAUAAGCAUUAUAAUGGCUAAGAUUUUUAUCUCCCGAAAGAUUAGCUAUUGACAUCGAAAAUAGAAAAAAUCAAGAAAAUUUAGCAAAGAAAAAGCAUAAUAAGGGUGCUGGAAAGAUUGGAGGAUCUAGUGGAACUGAGAAAAUCAAGGUUGAGGGUCUCAGAAGAAAGAAGAGAAGAAUGAAGCUUAAGGCAAAGGGUGAUAAUGAUGCUAUUAUAGAGAAAUUCUCAGCACAAAGUAGUAAGAGUGCUAAGUAUGCUAAAACUACAAUCAAGAAAAGAGAAGCAAGCGAAAUCAAACAGGGAGAGAAAAAGGGUGAUGAGACAGGUAUCACUUCAAGCAUUUGA